CGUUUUUGACAUUGGGUUGUUUGGUCCUCCUCGGCACCCGUCGGACGCGCCUCUGCAUUCGCGCACCCGGAAACUGAGCAGAGCAACAAAAGCAGCGCUUUCCGCAGGCAGCAAACACCCUCAGCAUAAUGUCGGAUAAAAGUGAGCUGAAAGCUGAGCUUGAGCGAAAGAAACAGCGCCUGGCUCAGAUAAGAGAGGAGAAGAAGAGAAAGGAGGAGGAACGCAAGAAAAAAGAGGCUGAGCUGAAGAAGGAGGCCGUCCCGCCGCAGGAUGAUUCAGACCUGGAGAAAAAGCGCAGGGAGGCUGACGCUCUGCUGCAGAGUAUGGGCAUCACACCAGACACACCUGUGGGUCCUACACCCAUGUCUCCCACGGCCAAAUCUGCAGGCUCUCCAAGUGAAGCAGGGAGCCAGGACUCAGGAGACAGUGCCCCCGGGCCACGACGGGGUCCUCUGAAGUUGGCCAUGGUGAAGGUGACCCAGGUGGAUUUCCCUCCCAAAGAGGUGGUGUCCUACACGAAGGAGACACAGACGCCCACCGUGACAGAGCAGAAAGAGGAGGAAGAUGAGGAGGAAGAGACCGCCCCCCCGCAGCCCGAGGUCGAGGCAGAGAAAGAGAAACCAGCAGAGAAACAAGACGAGGAAGCGCCCCCUCAUGAGCUAACAGAGGAGGAGAAGCUGCAGAUCCUGCACUCGGAGGAGUUCAUGGAGUUCUUCGAUCACAGCACACGGAUCAUGGAGCGCGCUCUCUCCGAACACGUGGAUGUUCUCUUCGACUACAGCGGCCGAGACGUGGAGGAGAAGGAGGGUGAGAUGCAGGCUGGGACCAAACUGUCUCUAAACAGGAAGUUUGUUGAUGAUCGCUGGUCCAAACAGCGAGUGGUGACCUGUCUGGAUUGGUCCCCACAGUAUCCAGAGUUGCUGGUCGCCUCUUACAACAACAACGAGGAAGCCCCGCAUGAGCCUGAUGGAGUGGCUUUGGUCUGGAACAUGAAAUACAAGAAGACCACACCGGAGUAUGUCUUCCACUGUCAGUCUGCUGUAAUGUCUGCAACGUUUGCAAAGUUUCAUCCCAACCUGGUUGUGGGUGGCACUUACUCAGGACAGAUCGUCCUGUGGGACAACAGAAGUAACAGACGCACCCCUGUCCAGAGGACGCCUCUCUCUGCCGCGGCGCACACGCACCCAGUGUACUGUGUGAAUGUGGUCGGCACACAGAACGCUCAUAACCUCAUCAGCAUCUCCACUGAUGGAAAGAUGUGCUCCUGGAGUCUGGACAUGCUGUCUCAACCACAGGACAGUAUGGAGCUGGUGUUCAAGCAGUCUAAAUCAGCUGCGGUCACCUCCAUGUCCUUCCCUCUGGGUGACGUUAAUAACUUCGUGGUGGGGAGUGAGGAUGGAUCGGUCUACACAGCCUGUCGGCAUGGCAGUCGAGCAGGUAUCAGUGAGAUGUUUGAGGGGCAUCACGGUCCAAUCACAGGCAUUCACUGUCACACAGCUGCAGGACCUGUAGACUUCUCUCAUCUCUUCCUGACCGCCUCAUUUGAUUGGACUGUUAAACUCUGGAGCACCAAGAGUAACAAGCCGCUGUACUCGUUUGAGGACAACUCUGAUUAUGUGUAUGACGUCAUGUGGUCUCCGGUGCAUCCCACUCUCUUCGCCUGUGUGGACGGACUCGGACGCGUCGACCUGUGGAACCUCAACAACGACACCGAGGUGCCCACUGCCAGCGUGUCAGUGGAAGGCAGUCCCGCUCUGAACAGACUGCACUGGUCUCAAUCGGGCAGAGAGAUCGCUGUGGGUGACUCCGAGGGACAGAUACACAUUUACGACGUCGGCGAGCAAAUCGCAGUCCCGCGGGGCGAGGAAUGGACCCGCUUCGUGCGGACACUGGCGGACAUCCACGAGAACCGUGACGAUGCAGAGGAACUGGCCGCUCAACGCCUGGCCGCUUAAACCAGCAGAUCUCAGGAAGCUGUUAUCACAUCUGUCUCUGGACAUGAAAUGAUUUCUGUGUGCAAACCUUUGAUUCUGCCUUUCGUUUGGAGUAAAGAUACACAACAUUGACUGUAGGUGCGACUCAUAGUGCGAGGCCCACGACCGGAAGCCUUAAUUAACACUUGCAUGCAAAAAACAAAACCAUAAUGAAUGUUUCUUUUUCUAUCCAGGUGUGUCUGAGCGUGCUCAACUCUCAGCUUAUUAUGCACAGCCAAAUAUGAAA